AUGCUAAACAUGAACGCGGUUAUGGACUCGGAGUAUAGGAUAAUACUUAAUGUUGGCGGUGUUAGGCACGAGACAUACAAGCACACCCUGAAGAAGAUACCUGCAACCAGGCUAUCACGGUUGACAACCAACCUUGCCAACUACGAUCCAGUGUUGAACGAGUACUUCUUCGAUCGACAUCCUGGGGUGUUUUCACAGAUUUUAAAUUACUAUCGUACUGGAAAACUACAUUAUCCUUUGGAUGUCUGUGGACCGCUGUUUGAGGAGGAGCUCAAGUACUGGGGAUUAGAUUCAAAUGAAUGCGAGCCAUGUUGCUGGAUGACCCUCUCUGGAACUCGAGACACGCAAGAGGUACUGAAAACCUUGGACGAACUCGAUAUCGAGGUUGACAAUGCGGAUGGACCGGAGCUCUACCAGCGAUUCGGAUGGGAAGAUGAUUUCCAUAAUGAUAGCCUGAGUAAAUGGCAAAAGCUGAAACCAAAGAUGUGGCGACUGUUCGAUGAACCAAGUUCGUCCCGAGGGGCCAAGGUUGUCGCUAUUGUUUCCGUAUUCUUUCUUAUUACUGCUAUACUGGUAUUCUGCUUGAAAACUCAUCCUGGACUUCGAAUAUCGGAAAUUGCUGGCUUAGGAAAUCUGUCUCGAGAAGCUAGAGCCGCUAACCAUUACAAGUAUCGACCAGCACCGUUGACUGUUGAUAAGACGAAUUCGAAAGCUCAUCCAGGGUUUAUGAUGGUUGAGACAUUAUGCAAUAUAUGGUUUACUAUAGAAAUACUGGUACGAUUUACAUGUUGCCCAUCUCGUAUAGAAUAUUUAAAGGCACCGGUAAAUCUAAUCGAUAUUGUUGCUACGGUUACUUUCUACAUAGACGUAUUGAUCAAUACUUUCGGUGCAUCAGCCGAUUUGGAAUUUUUCUCGAUAAUUCGAAUUAUGCGAUUAUUUAAGCUUACACAUCAUAAUAGUGGAUUGAAAAUCCUCAUGCAUACAUUCAGGUCAGAAAAAUUUCUAAAUUCUUCAAUUCAUGUUGAGUAA